AUAUUCAAAACCUCUAACCAACUCGAUUCUGUUCGUUCUCCAAAGUUCUCUGUGAAAAUGUCUGGACGAGGAAAGGGAGGCAAGGGAUUGGGAAAGGGAGGAGCAAAGCGUCACAGGAAGGUUUUGAGAGAUAAUAUCCAGGGCAUUACUAAGCCUGCAAUUCGCCGUUUGGCUCGUAGAGGAGGCGUUAAGCGUAUCAGUGGAUUGAUCUAUGAAGAAACCAGAGGUGUUUUGAAGAUCUUCUUGGAGAAUGUGAUUCGCGAUGCUGUGACCUACACCGAGCACGCCAGGAGGAAGACGGUGACCGCCAUGGAUGUGGUUUAUGCCUUGAAAAGGCAAGGAAGGACUUUAUAUGGUUUUGGAGGUUAGAUUUAGGGUUUAAUUUGUAGAAUGACUGUCGAUCAUUUCUUUUGAUCUAGUAUCUCGUAGGCGCAUUUAUAGGUUUUUCUGUAAUUUAAUUCCUCAUUAGUCGGGAAGCAAUGAAAUGUUUACUCUAUUGAAGAGAUGUUCUAUAAAAUUUCGAGUUGGCUUCAUCCA